GUCAGAGGGGAGGUCACGCUGCGGGCACAGCGUCCAGCGGCGCCUCGAGACCCCGGCCGAGGUUACUGUGUUUGGGGGGAGAAACGCAUCUGCCGCCGAGUUCCUGACUGCUCCCCUCCCCCCUGGAGUGAGCUGUGACAUUGCUGUGGCCACAAAGGAGGAGGUGGAGGUAGAGAUGGUGGUGGAAGAACAGGUGGCCAACACCCUACACGUAAAGCCUGUGACCUGCCGUGAAAAGGAAAAAGUUAAUCCCAGAAGGCCUGCUGAAAAUGACCGAAUAUAAACUUGUGGUAGUUGGAGCUGGUGGCGUAGGCAAGAGUGCCUUGACGAUACAGCUAAUUCAGAAUCACUUUGUGGAUGAAUAUGAUCCUACAAUAGAGGAUUCCUACAGGAAACAAGUAGUAAUUGAUGGAGAAACCUGUCUCUUGGAUAUUCUCGACACAGCAGGUCAAGAGGAGUACAGUGCAAUGAGGGACCAGUACAUGAGGACUGGGGAGGGCUUUCUUUGUGUAUUUGCCAUAAAUAAUACUAAAUCUUUUGAAGAUAUUCACCAUUAUAGAGAACAAAUUAAAAGAGUUAAAGACUCUGAAGAUGUACCUAUGGUUCUAGUAGGAAAUAAAUGUGAUUUGCCUUCUAGAACAGUAGACACAAAACAAGCUCAGGACUUAGCAAGAAGUUAUGGAAUUCCUUUUAUUGAAACAUCAGCAAAGACAAGACAGGUGCCUAGGAGCCAAAAAAAGAUGACUCUGUAAAACUUGUUAAGAUUUACAUUCAUAGCCAGACAUCAUAUUUCAGUUUUAAGUGUUUUUUUAGGGGAAUUAAGAAUUCCUGUAGGUUGGCCAUCCUGCAAGUAUAUUGUCUGUGGCAGUUUUACUAACACCUGAUUUGUACGUUAAAGGAGGCCUUGUUAUGCCUCACUUUAUAGCUAAGUAAGAUUUCAUUCAGUCCAUUUCCAGAUUCCAAAGACUGGGAAGAGAUUUGGUUUUCAUUCACUUUUUACUGAUCUCUGACCAGUUCCUUUGGUUUUCCUCAGGAGAGAAGGUACUCAGAAAACAUGAUUUAAUGCUUUUCCUCCUAAUAUUUUCUUAUUAAGAAGUUCAUAUAUAACAUCUGAAGAAUCUUACUGAAAAUAUUUGCAAAGCCACUACCUAAAUUUGACCAUUCACAUUUUAUUAUGCCUGCAUUAGUUACAACUUUCAAAGGAUGGAUUUGAGUGAGCCUAGAGGACAUUUUUAGUUGACAUGAAAAACCAUGAGACUCCCUAAUAUAAACGUCUUUAAGAGAAGUGCUUUUUCAUACUUUAGCAUACAUACAAAUCACCUGAGCUGACUGAAAUCCGGGUUCUGAAUCAGUGGGAUUCCGAUGAACCCUGUGAAUUCUGCAUUUCCAACAAGCUCCCAGUGGUUCUGAUUUUGGUACACAGGUCUCUGCACAGGAGGGCAAUAGAGACAGAAAAAGAAGACAGUGUUGUUCUCUACAUCUCAGUGAUGAGAGUCUAAAAGAGCUCUGUCUCUUCUUUGUAUCAUUGCUACCUCAGAAAUACUGAGUUUUUCUUGGUGUUUGACAUUAAUGCUUUAAUGCACUACAGCAUUCAUAAUUGAUCAGAAAAUUACCAGUCUU